AUGGCAACGGAUGAUGGUUGUAAGAGUCUUUAUGUUGGUAAUCUCGAUCCCAGGGUAACGGACAGCAUGCUUCAUGAGAUCUUUGGAGUAGCAGGAUCCGUGAACAAUACGAAAAUCAUUCCUGAUAAAAAUUAUCAACAUGGUGGACUGAAUUACGGCUUCGUGGAAUUCAACGACCAUCGUUCAGCUGAACAAGCUCUUCAAACACUUAAUGGAAGAAAAAUAUACAACAUGGAAAUUAAAGUGAAUUGGGCUUUUCAGGGACAACAAGGUCAUAAAGAGGAUACAUCAAAUCAUUACCAUAUCUUUGUUGGAGAUUUAAGUCCAGAAGUUAAUGAUGAAGUACUUGCUAAAGCAUUUAGUGCGUUUGGGAGCAUGUCAGAUGCUCGCGUUAUGUGGGAUGUUAAUUCUGGAAAAUCUCGAGGAUACGGAUUCGUUGCUUUCCGUGACAAGACAGAUGCGGAACAAGCCAUCGCAACAAUGAAUGGGGAAUGGCUUGGAAGUCGUGCUAUCCGGUGCAAUUGGGCCAAUCAAAAAGGACAACCGGGUCCUGGAAGCACAUCAGAUCGACAAGGAAGCUCCACACAAACACCUCAAUUAUCCUACGAAAUCGUUGUUGCACAAACACCACACUAUAAUAGUACAGUAUAUGUUGGCAAUUUGCCACCUUAUACUACACAGGAGCAUUUGCUACCAUAUUUCCAGCCUUUCGGAUAUAUCAUCGAAGUUCGCAUGCAAGCGGAUCGUGGUUUUGCUUUUGUGAAACUAGACUCCCAUGAGAAUGCUGCGAAUGCAAUCGUAAAUUUGCAAAAUACGAAUUUUCAUCUUCACAUUCAGUGUUCAUGGGGAAAAGAUAGGGCACCAGAGCAAGCCACAGCUUCCUACCAUACAUAUGGUGUACCAAGUACGGCUUAUAAUUAUCCAUACGGAUAUUAUAGUAAUCAUACUGCACACCCUUAUGCCACACCCCAAUAUUCUUAUAACGGAUAUGACGCAUACGGUCAAUACUUUCCGUACGGUUACAACCAACCCACUGGUGCGGGUGCUCCUGGCGCUCCGGGGAUGGGAACCCCGACUAGUUCACACACGGUCGCUGGAAGUCAUCCGCCUUCAGUUGGUAGUCAUGGUCCUUCUGGUGGAAGUACAUAUUCUGGCUAA